UCAUUUCAGUGCAGUGAUCCUGAAAACACUUACUGACAAGAGUCAUCUGUUUGAAAUUGAUGGAUGAGUUGUCCACCUGAAGUCCAAUAACACUAUAUACAUGGGUACAGAGUUAUCCAUCAGUAGAGUACGCUUUAAAAAAUAAUUAGGACCUAAUUGUUUGUAUUUUUUGGUCAGCCAAUAAAUCACAAAGAUGGUUAGAAACAAAGUGUUUCAUGCUGUUGUUUAGUUUAUAUUUAUUUUCCUUUUCUAUCACCAUAUAUUCUCAUCCUGCUCAGUAGUUUGCAAUGUUUGUGCAAUCCCAAAGAUGAUUGAUAACUGUAGCUGUGAGCUAACAGGAUUUAGUACCCACAUUUGUCCUUUCAGGAGUCAAUUUGUAUGGGAUAUUAGAUUUGUAAUGAUGCUGCUUCUUAAAAUGAAGGGGUUAUAUCUAGGGAUGUGAUUCCCUUGCUUUUGAUUGAUUUCAGAGCAGCUCCACCAGUUAUAAAUGAGGAGGAGGAGGUUGGACAUAACAGUAUAUAUUGCUUCCUGUAUCAACAACAGAAAAGUGCUGGCUUGUCUUUGCAAUUCUGACAUAACAGCCUUUUUAAAAACGGCCCAGGUUCAGAUGCACUUGGAUUGUGCCUUGGAAAAGAACACCACACCAGUGCUUUAAAGAGUCAUCCUUAAAAAUAGACGGCUGUGCUGGGUAUUUAAAGUUAAGCAUGUAGAAGAAAGAAAAAAGAUAGGGGAAUGAGUUAUAGUUUAAAGAGUGAGUACAGGAUAACCUCUCUAUCAGUGGAUUCACCAUCUGCGGAUUUGCUAUCUGUGAUCAGAUGCCUCUCGGCGGCCUCCAUGGUAGUGCUGGAAUGGAGCACCCUGCAAAACCAGCCCCCUGAAAUGGGCCACUCCAUCUCAGCAACAGGAGGAAAACAGGGUGGCCAAGGGAGUGCUGGUAGUAACAAGGGGACUGUCUACAAAGCCUGGCUCUGUUCCCAGUAUUUUGAAGUCACACAGUCUCACUGCAACAACACAAUUCCUUGCAAGCAAUACUGUUUGGAGGUUCAGACAAGGUGUCCAUUUAUAUUACCAGACAAUGAUGAUGUCAUCUAUGGAGGACUAUCCAGUUUCAUCUGUACAGGGCUCUAUGACAACUAUCCAACCAAUGCAGAACCAGAAUGCUGUGAUGUCAGAUGGGGACUAUUAUCAGAUAAAUCCAAAGGGACUAUAAAAACAAGUGACUCAAUGAUGUGUCACCGGACAUCACUCACAGUUUCAUCAGCAUCAAGACUGUGUAACAGCAGACUUAAACUGUGUGUUCUCGUAUUAAUUCUCUUACAUACAGUACUCACAGUCUCAGCAGCACAGAACUCAACAGAACUGGGCUUUGGAGGCAUAACAACUUUGGAAGAUAAUUCAACCAAUGAGGAAUAAGAGACCCAUUUCAUCUCCUCCCACAGGCACACAGCAGGCACACAUGUACUGCAGUCAAACACAAGACUGGGUCCCUUGCCCUCUGUUCACUCCUCCAAAGGCCUUCUGGGUAAAACUCAACAAAUGGGCCACAAUCCAAACAAGGACACAUCAAAUACAGCUUUUUAUUGACUAAAAGGCUGUCUGGUGACUUAAAUUUCUCACACCAUUUUAUACACUGUGUUUUAAUGUUUGGAGUUUCUUUUUUUGGUUUGUUUUUUGCACUUGUUAAUACAGGAUUUUAUUUUUCGGACAGUUUCUCAGAGCUAAACUAAGUCUUUUCACUGUCUUAUCUAUUUCUAGUCAUUGUGUGUGUUCAUCUGAUAGUUCUGUCUUUUACGUCUUGUCAGUUUCUAUUAGAGAAAAGAACUGCUGUGGUUCCAUGGCAUAACUAACAGACAAAACAAACAAACAAACAAACCCAGCCCCCUAAAUGGCCCUUUAUCCGACGGAAAAUGGUUCUCCUUCUCCCCUCAUCCCCUCUCUCCCCUGGUGCCCCAAAACAGAAAAUGCCUGCUUGCUUUCCGCCUGUGUAAUCACAAUGAAUGGGUGCACGUUUCAGACGAGCCUCUGCCACUGUUGCACAAGUCACCUGACGGGAUAAGCCCAAAGUAAGGAGGCAGCAGGAGGCUAGCAGAACAAUGAAGUGCUCUCCUUCGAUGGUGGGACCAGAGAGUGAAACUUCAACACAAAGAAACCUAUAACAAACUGUUGCUCCAAUUCCCAUUUUCAAAGAAGCCCAGUCCUUUCUCACUGGUCAGUUGAACAGGAGCAGCCUGAUUUAGAAGACAGUUGUGCAAAAACAAAACAAAACAAAAGUGCUCAGCAAGUUGACUAGGUGAGAGGCCUUCACGGUGGUGGUAAACGUUGGGCAUUCAUUGUGAAUUACGAUUCCAAUUCCACUGGAGUCACAUAACAAGCAGAUGUGACUAUAAUUAACAGGGGCAGAGAGAUUUAGAAAUGCAAAGAUUUAUUUUUCCUGAGAAGAUAAGGCUUGUGAACUGCCUAGAGCCAUCUGGGUGAGGUGGUAUUAAACAAACAAACAAACAAACAAACAAACAAACAAACAGGACUACUACACUUGUGAUUAUAAGGGCAUCCCCACACAAUGGAUUGGAGCCAGAGAAAGCUCAAGGAAGAGGACUUUCCUACCCCCAUCUUCCCCACUGCAGGUCCCUGGACCCCCUAAAAAUUCACUCAUAAGGGUCAGGGAACACUCAGGAACAAGAUGGCACGUGGCACAGGGGAGCUGCAGGCAGGGUGGGGGGAUGCACUGAAAUAAGACAGAGCCACUUUCCAUCCCCUGACUCUCAUGAGCAGCUUUUAGGGGGUUGCAGUGGGGAAGAGAGGGAAGGAAAGUUCCCUCCCAUAAGCUUCCUUCGACUUGUUUGGAUACAACCCAUCAUGACUGCUUCAAGAAGCACCAGGUUCCCUGCAGAAAACAAAUAGUGUGUGACCACCACACAUGAGUGUGUAUACAUCUAGUUUGGACACCUGCUGUGUAGGCUUGUCUUGGCAUCCCUGGCUCAAUCAGAGUUCUCAGAUGAAUGUACACUGGUGUGUUAGUCCACAUGCCACAUGUUUGCCAGGGGUCACCUUGCGUUUCCUGCAGCAGUCCAGAGUGUGAUGCUGCCCUCAAUCCUCUACUUUUCUCAGUGCUGAAAACUACCUUGGAAGUAAAGCCUUCCGGAGGAACGAAAGGGGCAUUGGAUGGAAUAGGAGACAGAAUUCUAUGUUAGCACAGCUGGGAUAAAAGUUGUCUUUUAAAAACAACAACAAAAUCAAUAGGUUAAUCAUUUUCAUAGAGUGUGCAAUAAAACUUAAUGUCAGGCUAUAAGUAGUCAAGGGGGGAAAAGGAAUUGCCUUUCUCCAUUGCUUUUUUCUUUUCUUUUCUUUUUGGUAGGAUCAUAUCACCUGCUGAGUGUAUGAGAACUUGCUUUUUAAAAAGGCUUUUUAGAGUUUACACUAGAAUAAAUGGAAGGAAAAGUUAAUAAGGGCUGUUUUUAAAAAAACUUUUCAUUCCUUCCUGUUCUCUAACUACACUUGGAAAGUGCACUUUAGAGCUGUUUGCUGUGUAGCUGAGAGAUGAAGGAAAAAAGAGAGGGAAUAUUCUCUGAGCAAACCGACUCACCUACUUUCUAGCUAUGGAUUCCCACCCCCCUGCCCCCUUUCAAAAAAAAACCCCCUUCUGUUCAUCACUGCAGUGUUGAUAUGCAUUUUUAUUCAUGUUUUAUGGUUUGUGAAGUUCUGCCAAAAAAAAAAAAAAAAUCCCUACUGCUUUAGCAGAUUAAAAUAAUGCAUUUGUUAAGAUGUAUAAGCUCAACUAUUUUGCAAGACUUCUUGUUUUGAUAGUGUUUUGCUAUGACUGAGAAUGAGGAUCUUAAAAUGACCUGUGCAAAUACAAAAAAGCACGUAAAAAUGCAGAGUUCUUCAGCUUGAGUUUCUUUCCUUACCCUAUUCCCCAAUCUCCUUCCCACAGCACAUACGCACACACAAGUAUCUACUUGGCACAAAAUAUGGUGCUCUCACCCCCACCCCCUAGAAGAGCAUGUCUUAUAAAUUAUACUGUACUGUGGAAAUCCUCUGAAAAUGGGAGGGGGGAGAGAAAGCUUUAAUCAAAGGCAGAAUGUAGAUUUCAAAGAGGAUUGGGUCUACUGCUAAAAAGUCAUGCAGCAAUCAGUAGGUUAUGCUGCAGCACCAGAAGGAUUAAGCUAAAGUCACAUGGGUGAGAAAGCAUUUAGGUGAGCUCUUGUUCAACUGACCUCUUCUCUUGAUCUUACAUGUUAAUGGUCAGUAAACAGUUUGUUAUAAACCUUGAUCUACCUCUGCUGUGCAAAGGCCAUUCAACAGCAUCCAUUUCUCUGACAUGCAUCACAUCCUUUUGGUUCACCCAUUAACUCAACUCUCGUCCAUCUCUCUCUCUCUCUCUGUUUUUUUGUGCUGCACCAAUACAGCAGUGAGUUCUGUUCAUCCCUUAGUUAAAGUGGCAUCCAAUGAAAAGAUGCUGUCUGUAGUCUAUGGACCCUGUUUGGCCUCAUGGUGACCUACUGCAGAGAAUAGCUUUCGAGAAAUGAUUAUUCCCUUCUCUCUUCUGUUUUUUAAUGGUGUUUUCAGGGGCAGAGAGACACAGCUCUACCAUUCCUUGACUUCAGGCAAUGGGAUGGGAGGAAGAGAGCAGAGGAACAAACAGUGAUAACAUUAUUCACAUGCACUUAAAAAGCCAGACAAUGAGUAAAAUGAAAUAGGAAGCACAAACCAUUUUAAUUAAAGAUGUAAUAAAUAUUCCCUUCCUUUCCAAAGAGGUGCUUGAAGUUACAUGGUCGGUGAAUUCUCUGUCACUAUUUCCCCCCUUUUGAGUCUAGUUCUUUCACUGAUUUUUUAAAAAAGGAAUAUCAUGCUCCUGGGGAGACUGCUGCUGUGAUGUAUGUUAUCAUUUGAACCAGGGUCUUUCUGCUCCAGCAGUGUGGUCUGUAUCUUUUCUUAGUGGCAGCUAGGAAAUCACACACAGACAAAGGCCUCAUUCAGAUGACAUGCCAACCCUCAGUUACACUUACCUGAGGUUGGCGUUUCUCAUUGUUCGAAUGCAGAAAAAUCCCUCAAUAUGUCCAGCUGUCACCUCCAAAUCACAGAUUGAACCCUCGGCUUGAAGUCGGGCAGGUUGCUUUAACUGGAGCUUCACUGACCCCAUUGUGCCGUCUGAAUGCGGCAACCUGGGGUUUGUGCUGAAGCUUCUCCCACGAGCACACCCCCCCCCCAUUUCACAACUAAUGGUUGCUGGUCGAGUGACGCAUUUGGUGGAAGAGGAAGAGGGAGGGAGAUUGCUGGCGGAGGUGAUGAAACAGGAGGUGCCGGAUCGUCUGCGGCAUGAUUCUUGGCUUCCGAGGUUAACCUCAGGUAAGCCUACCCACCAUUUCACUUGUCCAAAUUGGGCCAAAAAGAUUCUUUUUAUGAAGUUCAGAGAAACAUAAUCAUGUAUGAUGCAAAAACCUCAUCUCAUCCAUUCCUCAUCCAUAACAGUUUUCUUGGCACAAACCUGAGCAUGCUUGAUAUUGUGCACCUAUUACUUUUUCCCAAAUAAAUUUGCAUCUUGCCACUGUAAUCACCAUCUUGUUCCAUUUCUCCUUGUACUGUAUGACUUGGACAUACAUGAUGAAGAACUGGCUUCAGAGAGAUGAUGCUCAGAUGUUUUAGCAUAAUAAGUGACAUAAAAUGAUACCUAUUUCACAGUCAUAUAGAGCAGACUCCCCCCCCCCCAAUAUAUUUCUUGUUUUAUUUUUUGAAACAGGGAAAAUCCAGAGUUUGUGCAAUAUAUGAAUACUGCAAAGCCAAAUGUCAUAGAUCACAAUCAGAGCUAUAUGUUAUUUCCUUAUUGCAUUUACAUCUGAGAAUACAUUAUAUUGACUUUUCCUUUCAUUAAAGAGAUAGAAUACUUUUUUUUGCAAA